AUGUCUUCCCCGCAUAGAACAGGCCAGCGCCAGCUGGGCCGUGCACGCGCCUCAUCGCAAAAUGGCAACACUACUCCAGUCCGAGAACACCAGCGGUCUCGGAAGGUCCGGAAUGUCGGAGGCGCAAAAUUAAGUGCGACGAACGAAAGCCAGAAUGUGGGCAGUGUCGCCGAAGUGGCCGAGUUUGUCGUAUCAUCGACAGUCUAUUUCGACCCCACACUUAUUCCUUUCUGGCGUCGUCCUCGUCACAACGGACAAGUCUCCCUGCUUAUUGCAAACCUCGUUCUCCAGAAGCCCCUCAGAGAGCAGAGACCCCUGAUCGCGAUGUCCCGGUGGUUGACGGACAAACGCCGCAUCAGAGUACGGAAGCUCCUUCGGUUGAAAGAUCCCAAGCGAGGGCGGCCACGCCGGGAUCUCCACCUCAGCAGGGAGACCGUGUUAUAUGGCGCUGAAGAUACAUUGGUUGAUUUGUCCUAUCCCGUUGCCCUCGCUUCCCCGGCAGAACCUAAUCCGCUGGCCCUUGUCAACGCUCACAUCCAACAUCAGCAGGAGGAUGUAGGAAGUGGGCCGUCGACUAAUGAUUCGUGCGCUCUUCUGGAUGCCACGCCUGAAAGUAUCGACCAGGAUCGCUAUGAGAUCGCUUUCUUCCUGCGCUAUUUUUCAGAGGAACCAGGCCGAUGGAUGGAUGUGUGCUGCGACUAUCCGUACUUCAGUGAGCAGGUGGUUCUUUUGUCAUCGGUAUGUCCACUGGUACGGUAUUCUGCUGUUGCCCUUGCAGCCAAACAAUUGGGUCAUAUGAAAAGUCCAGAAUGCGCAGUACGGCAGACACGAAACCACAGAUUCAUGCUGCAAGCAUUUUCAGAGUCGAGUCUGGACUUCUUAUGGUACGGGGCCAAGUAUUAUGACAAAGCCAUCCAGAUAUUGGCCCAACACCUUUCUCACGAAGAGCGCUGUACUUCUCAGCUGUCUCCUUCUGGUGUAUACCAGACUGGCUUGACCCCGCAAAGUAAUGACCUCAGUGUUUUUGGUGACCAUGACAGCACGGCAACUACGCUGCAGGUUCUCGCGGCGUGUAUGCUGUGUCAAUACGAGGAUUUGAGUGCUACGAUGAGGGCAUGGGCGGGCCAUUUGCAUGGCAUCUACAAACUACUUCGGCCAUACCUUAGUGAUACAAUGAAUCUACCGACAGCUGUACAUGUGCCGCAACCAAUGAAAGCCAUGAAUGCGGUGUUUUGGUUCUUCGCACUGAAUGACAUGCUAGAUGCCUAUGUCAACAAACGGAGCACUCGACUAGACUUUCGCAAAAUCUUUAUCUGGCGUAGGAUGGGCCUGCCUCUAGAUGACAGUGGGCAUUUAAUGCCCGGCUACAUCGACGAAGCGCAUGCGGAAUCGAUCCUUUUCAAAGCAUUGAUUCGGCUUAUGUGCCAGCUAGUCAACUCUGAUCUAGGCAACUCAGUUGAAUGGAAUGCAAUCAACGAACAGUUCGACCGAUGGCAGGCUAUUCUCCCGUUAUCCUUCUCUUCCGGCGUCUCUUGGCCCCCUUUCGCCGGAUCGGAUAAUGCGCAACAGGCCACUCCUUCGGAGCUCUCCAACCAUGAGUCUUGGUUUCCUAAGGAUGCCUGUGCGAUUUCCAUGGCAUUCUACCAUAUGGCCCGGAUGUUGCUACUCAUCCAUCGUCCAGUAGAGGCGUUUCUUCGACAUUCGCGCAACAACCCAGAUCUUCUCGCUGCGUAUCAUACCUUGCAGCAGGAUCUUCGUCGCCAUGCGAUGGAAAUUAUUGCCAUCGCGCGCGGGGCUCCCAAUUCCACCGUGAGGAAGUAUCUUUUGCAACCUCUGUAUGUGGCCGGCCGAUGUCUAGCGGAUACGGGCGAGCGCCAGGAGCUACUUGACAUGCUCCAACAAAUUGACGAUGACCUUGGGGUGUUUACGGAUUAUCGCCAGAAGGAUCUCUCUGAGGAGUGGGGAAUUCCCUAUAAACCUGCAGAAAAGGAUAUAGUUCCGUGA